CAAUAGCAGACUGUUCCCCCUGUCAGUGUGAAGGAAGACCUGCAGACAAACAGCGCUGAGCCAUGAGCCACGCAGUUGAGCAGCUGUUGAUCAUCUAUGAGUGUGAGGCACAGCAAUGGGCCACAUAUCUGCGUUCCCUCUUCACUGGUUCCCUCUCAGAGGCUUCCAUCUGCUCCUACGACAUCGCCACUGUGUCCAGCCGGCAGGACGACUUCCUCCGCCUGUCCCAGUACUCCUGCAAGCUCCUCAUCCUCUCCGAGGGCAUGCUGGAGGGGCUGUGUCCGAAGCGCCGUUUCUUCCUGGCCCGUGUGUUGUGUCCUGCGACUGCUGUGGUGGUGCUCCUGUGUGGGGUGGAGAGCCUGGCCCCCCUGCUGGAGCAGGUCCCUCUGAACGGAGACGAUUGCUUGCAGGUCUCCAGUGAACAAGAUGCUCACGAGUACCUGUCCGCUGUCACUGAUAUUGUGAAAAAAGGUGCAUUAGCUUCAACUGCAAAUGUCAAACCCCUGAUACGUGGGCUAUCGGAGCGAAAGGCUGCAGCCCGCAGUGUCAGUUCCAUGGCUGUUGUUCCCUCCAGAGUUCCCUGUGGGAGCUCCACGGAAGUGUUCAUUCUUUUGAAAAAUGAGUCGGCUGGCAGCGACGCUGAGGUUGAGUUCACCGCUGACAAUCAGAGGCUGAGAGUGAAGCCCGUCUGCUGGAAUGAACGGAUCCUCUGUGUCAAUGCGCCAGAUCUUCCAGCAGGACAUGUGAGAGUGACUGUGUAUAGCAAUGGGGUGCCACUGAGCAAGGCACAGCUGCAGUACUACAGCAACAUGGAGGAAAUAACCUGCCUUCUGGCGAGGGCAGCAGACCCUGUAGAUUUCAUGUGUCAGGCUCUUCAGCAGUCUUCUGUGCAGAAUUUGGACCAGAAGUUAACCUCCAUGUUGUUAAAGCACAUGCCCAACGGAGGGUUUCAGGGACUGCAGUGUGAAAACACACCCCAGAGAGAGCUCCACCAUUCAGAUGUCCCAUCACUCCUCCACUUUGCUGCCCAGUAUGGCUUCAGGAGCGUGUCCAGCGUGCUGCUGCAGUGUCCCGGGGCAGAGCGAGCGCUGCACACCGCCAACCGCCACGGACACACUCCCACUGAGAUAGCCAAGACACACGGCCAUACCCAGCUUCACGUCCUUUUGAAGGAAAGGCUGAAUAUGUUCAGCUCAGGCGGGGACAAUGGUGAUGCCAGUGUGUAUGAAAUGAUGUGCGCUGCAGGGACUACUUCCAGCAAACAUGCAGAGCCACCAGCAGAGGAGGGGGAGGAGGAAGAUAUCUACCUACCACUGGAGGAUGAAUAUGACUCCAUCCUGAACUCAACAAAAGCUGUGGUUAUUGCCAAUCGCCCACCAGCACCCACACCUCGGCCUGAGGGCACCCAGGUGAAGGAGGACGGCACUCCUUACAUCACCAAAGUGUUCCAGAAGAAGAAGACGCAACAGGGAGAAACUGAUCUGUACUCGCUUCCCACUAAACAAGCACGUGGGCGAGAGGACAGCAUCUCUGCCACCUAUGAUACGUUCGUGCCGAAGCAGAUCGAGCUGCAGCAGAGUGUGAAGGGGGGGGCACUCACCGUGGACUCAGCUCUGGAGCGCUUAAGCGACUUGCAACGGGUUCAGAAAGGCGGGGAUGAGGAGCAGCAGGAGAAGUUGAAUCAGCUGAGAGCCAGUAUCGUCAGCAGUAGAGAGGCUGAUGACAGUGUCUACGAUAAAAUCAACAUUGUUCAUCACAUGCCAAGUGUUACAGAGAGUGAAAGUCGAAGAGGAAGCCAAGAAGUGAAGUCUAAUGUUUACAGCAAGCCACUUAAAGGACAGCAUUCAAAUUUCUUUUCAAAAGCUGACAAACGAUGAAGACUCCAACAUUCUACAAAGACUCCUUUCUUCCACCAGAUUGAAUUCAUUUGAAUACAUAGAUUGUCAUUUUGAUUGUAUAAUUAACAAAGAUUUAUAUUUCUAUCUUUUUACAUAUAUUUUUUUUCUCCUGCUUGUUUGGCUGCUAUUUCUUCUUUUCAAACACAAUGGAAUGUAAUUGUGGUUUAGGUAAAAGUUAUUACAUAUAUGCUGAAAUAUACAAUUUGUGUUAGAAACUGGGAUGGACAUUUAUGACUCCCAGAAAAUGAUGAAUGGAUAAUGAAGUAAAUAUUUAGCAUUAGCAUUAGUGUCAUGUUAGCUUUUUUUAAAUAACUGCAUGUAAUUCAAGUUUUUUAUGUCAACAUCUGUGAAUCACAAUCUGAAUUUAAGAUUAUAUUUUGCAUUAAAAAUUGGCAAGUAAAA